AUGUCCACCUCCUCUCACUCUUCUCCCCCCGUCAUCAUCCUCCUCUUCUUGCACCUCCUCCUCCUGCUUCCACCAUGCUGCAGGUGCUGCUCCCGGCACCUUCUUCUCCACGGCGACGCCAACGCGCCCUCCUCGCUCACGGACACGCUCCACGCGCGCGACGGCAACGUCACUGACGGCCUCAGGCGCUACCUGGCACGCUUCGGCUACGCGUCCACGCCUGAUGACGCCGACGGGCGGCUCGUUGUGAGCCUCUUCCAGUCCACCCUCGGCCUCCCCGUCACGGGCCACCUCGACGCCCGCACGCUCGACCUCCUCGCCACCCCGCGCUGUGGCGUCCCGGACCUCCUCGACACCUCCACAACCAACGCCAACGCCCGCUUCGCCUUCUUCGCCGGCCAGCCCCGCUGGGCGCGUGCGCCGGGCCACUUCCUGCUCACCUACGCCGUCGUCUCCGCGCCUCCCUACCAGCCCCCGCGCCUGAAGCCUGAAGCCGCGCACCCGCAAGGCGGACCUCACCCUGGACGACGUCUGUGGCGUGCAGGCGCUCUACGGCUCCAACCCGCGCUUCAGCCUCAGCUCCCUCUCCGAGCCCGACACCUCCUCAGCCGCCCCGGCGGUGGCCACCACCAGGUCGCCCGGGAAGACGACGACGACGCAUAUGGCCAUCCUGCUCUUGCUCAUCAUCGUCACUCCUCUGCUCCUCCUCUGCUAGCUUGA